AUGAGGAAAAAGAGUGAGGAGAUCGGCGGCAAGAUGACGGCAGUCAGUCAAGACGAGAUCAUCAGCAACACACGGACAGUGAUCCAGGGCUUGGACACACUGAAGAAUGACUACCAGCAGAUUCUCAAUACCUUGAAUACCAUCAAGAAAGAAAAUGGCGACACAAGCCUGGUGGAGGAGAAGACUAACAUCUUACAGAAGUCCUUGGAGACCAUAGAGUUGGGUCUUGGCGAGGGACAGGUUAUGAUGGACCUGUCCAACUAUCUUCAGAAGGUUGAGGCAGAAAAACAGAAACUGCGAGCACAGGUCAGGCGGCUUUGCCAGGAAAAUGGCUGGCUCCGAGAUGAGUUGGCUACCACACAACAGAAACUGCAGCUCAGUGAACAGAGGGUGGCCACCUUGGAGGAAGAGAAGAAACACUUGGAAUUCAUGAAUGAGAUGAAGAAGUAUGAUGAUUCAGAUAACAGCACUGCUGCUCCUCAGUCAGAGAAAGAAGCAGAGACACCAUCACAGUUAGAUGAUCUGGGAUUUCCUGAUGGAGAUGAUGAUGUAUCUCCUGAAGUGCUCUCCCCGUCACAACCUAGUGCUAUGGCCCAUGCAGCCAGCGGAGGCUACGAGAUCCCAGCCAGGCUGCGAACGCUGCACAAUCUGGUCAUACAGUACGCCUCCCAGGGCCGUUAUGAAGUGGCAGUUCCCCUGUGCAAGCAGGCACUGGAAGACUUGGAGAAAACCUCCGGUCAUGACCAUCCAGAUGUCGCUACCAUGCUGAACAUUCUGGCCCUGGUUUAUAGGGAUCAAGGCAAAUACAAAGAGGCUGCCAACUUACUAAAUGAUGCUCUUAACAUCCGGGAAAAGACUCUUGGGCCAGACCACCCAGCUGUUGCUGCCACAUUGAACAACUUGGCUGUGCUGUACGGCAAGAGGGGCAAAUACAAAGAAGCUGAACCACUGUGCAAACGUGCUCUUGAAAUCAGAGAAAAGGUGCUAGGUAAGGAUCACCCAGAUGUGGCCAAACAGUUGAACAAUCUGGCCUUGCUGUGUCAAAACCAGGGCAAGUAUGAGGAGGUGGAAAAAUAUUACCUACGGGCUUUAGAAAUUUACAAGAAAAAGUUGGGAGCUGAUGAUCCAAAUGUUGUGAAAACUCAGAAUAAUUUGGCGUCUGCAUAUUUAAAGCAGGGAAAGUACAAGCAGGCGGAAGUGUUGUAUAAAGAAGUGUUAACACGGGCACAUGAAAAAGAAUUUGGAAAAGUGGAAGGAGAGAACAAGCCAAUAUGGAUGAGAGCAGAGGAAAGAGAAGAAAACAAGGGCAAGACUAAAGAAGGACAGCCCUUACCAGAAUAUGGCGGCUGGCAUAAAAAUGCUAGAGUUGACAGCCCAACAGUAACCACAACUUUAAAGAACCUUGGUGCUUUGUACCGGAGACAAGGAAAGUAUGAAGCUGCAGAAACUCUAGAGGAGUGUGCCUUGAAGUCCAAGAAAAAUGCAUUGACUGUGGGUGGAAAGAUCGGCAAACUGACCACAGAUCUAAGCGGCGCUGACACCCCGCCUGCUUCCAAUCGUGGACGCAUGGCGGUGCGCCGUGAGUCCACAGACCCUGACAAUAACGAGGACGCGAGUGGCGGCACCAGUUGGCUGGGGGACGGGAGUGGGCGUAUGCGGCGUAGUGGCUCAUUCACCAAGUUGAGGGCAUCGUUGAAGCGCAGCAGUGCAAAACUGGUACAGAAAUUGAAAGGGAAAGGUCCAGAAGUGGAUGCUGGAGGAAGUCUUAAUUGGCAUGUCCGAGGCUAUUUCAAUGCCGAAAG